CUCUCUCUCUCUCUCAAAAAUAAAUUUAAAAACAUUAAGAAAAAAAUUUUUAAAUGGCACAUCAGCAUAAAACCAAGUGUCUUAUUGUACUGUUUUAAAACCAGAAAUGAACUAUAAAUUUAAUUUCCUGAGUUCUUCUAUGAAAUUUUAAAUAAAUCGUGACCUUGAAAAAAUCACUUCAAUUAUCAAAUCUCUAUCAAAAUAGGAUUAUUACAAAGUUAUAAUCAUAGUACCAAAAAAUAUUACCAAACUCCUACCUGGAAAAUUAGGUUAGGGGUUAUAAGUAUAUUUUAAUGUCAAUUAAAUUGUCCUAACUGGGCAGGGGCUGGAGUUCUAUUAUUUGCACUUUUGUUAUUUUUUAGUUUUUUUGUAUUACAGACCUUGCGGUUUUGUCUGUGACCUUCUUACAGGUUUUACUUCAUGAACGUCAGUGCUAGGUUAUUUGUUGUAUAAGUAUUUGCUGGAAUUUAUUACGGAGUAUAGCCUUUGUCAAGCGGGACCGCCUUUCCUGUUUCGUACCCCUUUCCUUAAAUUCAGGAAUGAAUUUAAGGAAAUUCAGCCUGCACAGGUAUCACUAUCACAACCCUUACGUUUUUUAAAGUAGCAGUUUCGUCCCCCCAAGAGGAGACACGUACCGGUUAGUACUCAAAUAUAUAAUAAGACAGCAGCUGACCCUGAGCAGUGGCCAGGCACUGCCUUCGCAUGGCAGUGACUCGUCUCACUCUCACCUGCGAUUACAUACUGUGAAUUAUGUUCAUUUUACAGCUCGUUAUAGAUCACACACACAGCCUACUUCAGCUAGCCUAACUCUUCACUUUGCAGAAGUCUUUAUUCUAAUCCUGUAGAUCAGCUGUAGAGUUCAUAAGAAGUAUAAAGAAUCAGACCAGGAAGGACACACCUCAGAUAGUACCAGCAGGUUAGUCAGAUGACCUCCAAGUCCCUGUGAACGAACCCCUCCUUUCCAGGAAAGAAAAGCAAGGCCCAGGGCAGGCACCUGCCCAAGCCUACAGUGCUGACUGGUUGCAGCCAUUGUCAGUCCAGCACCCUUUCCAAUUUUCGGCCCUGCCUUCUGUCACAGGCGAUGAGAGCUACUAAUCCCCACCAAACUUUUUGUCUACUUAUACAUGCUUGAAAGUAAGUCCAAUUAAAGAAGUGAAGUUCUUCCUAGCAAGUCGACUCUCAACUAUCUGACAUCUUCGAAAACCCAGUCCUCCAUGAAGCCUUUCCAGACCAUUCGUGCUUCAUCCAUAUUCACUGAAUGGCGCACAGGACAGAGAAGGUGCAUAUCCUUGAAGCUUACACGAUAGCAGGGGAAAGAGCCGAAAAACAAACCUCUAGAUGCGAUAAAGAUUUUGACUUUGGCCUCAAGAAAACAAGCUGCUUUUUGCAAAUGACAGCCCUCACCUCCGCGCAGGGAUUGCUGUCCCCAGAGCGCGGGCUCCGUGCUGCCCGGAGGCGCGCGCGGGACGCCGGGCUCGAUCUGGAGGGCUGGCGAGGGCGGCAGGCCGCAGGGACGGGCCACGGGAAGCGGGACUCCACGGCUCAGGCGCGGCGCUCCGAGAAGCCGGUCGACGCCGCCGCGAGCCCAGGCGACCGCGGGAGUGAAGCGCGAGUUGUCUGCGUCUCCGGGCUGCGCUCAGAUGUAAUGAAGUCCAUCCCCUUCCAUUUUCCCAUGAGGAAACUGAAGGCUUAUUUUACUACAGUCCAAGAAGUCCAACGGAAGGGCCAGUCCAGCGUGCAUUCAGAGGUCAGCGGGGUUCCCGCACAGGAGUGUCCUAUUGUGCGGUGCCCUGCACAGCCAUACUCCGCGUCUGGCUUCCAUAUCACCACAUCAUGUUGGCGUCCUCUCCCCGCUUCACGUUUCCUGGGUUCUCCCUCCCUGGUUCCUCCAGCUCUAUCUUAUAUAUACAUUCUCUUAUCAAAUUAUUUUCUCUUUUAUCACAGUCUUAACAGUGUUUGAUCCUGAGCAUUGCUAAAAAGAAAACCACUGGCCCAAGAUGGAGUCCCUUAUGCUAUGCCAGGUCACCAAACCGGGGCUUAAUAUCUUAAUAUCUUAAUGUCUUAAUAUCACCUAAGUGUAGUUUCUACCCCUCCCAUAAACGUACUCUGAACCGGUCAGUCAGGAACUUUCUGGUCCGCACCAGCGAGGUAAUCUGUCGCAGGGGCCCUCUCCGUCUCCCCUCUUCCCCUGCCCCCUACCAAAGGAAGAUGAGAUGACCUUCCAAAUAAGACCCCUGCCCUCCCCGCUUAGGGAUGGUGACCUGGCCUGAAACAAUCCUGGCUUUUCUUUUACCAGUAACUUCCUUACCCUACCCUCCUUCCUAUGGAAGCCUUACAUUUUGUGCGGCUCCUGGGAGCAUCUCUCUGCUUGCUAGAUGGGAUACUGCCCCAUUCAUGAAUCGCUUAAUAAAACCACCUUGAUCUUUUAGAUCCCUCGGGUGAAUUUUUAACAGCCUAUAGAGAUGAAUAAAGUUUGGUCCUCACUCUUGAGGAGCAAUGUCCAUCCACUCUUUUCUAAGAUGAACUAAUUCUAUCCCAUGUCAACAUUUGUCACUAACCUCAUGACUGUCAAAUCUGCAUCUACAUCUGUGCUCUCAUGGGAGUCUAGUCCCAGCUCCUCAACCAGACACCAGUUAAAUGGACAAAAUUUAACAUCCUUGGCCCAUAUUAUGUGACAUAAAGAUGGUUUUUCCUAA